AUGAGUUGGAAUCUGGCUUCGUGGUUGCGCAUCCAGGAGGAGGCUGUGUGUAGGGCGCAAAUGAGGUGGACGGGUGGAAGUGAGGAGGCUUGGCGUGUCUUGGCAGGCGGUCCAUGGCGGGAUCCCGAGACCCUGGGAGGCGGGAACAUGGUUUGGACUUCACAGAGCAUAGUGGCGACCUUGCUUUGCAUCACCACAGCAUGUGUACGCGUCUUCCUUGCCGUUUGGGUCUGCAGGGCUGGGGAAGACUUUCCUCUAUACCGGGUGGCCAAUGGACUGCAGCGUGUAUGCAGUAAUGAUUGUCAUUGUAGAUGCAUCGAUCUACCAAGCAUGGUUGUAUGGCGUCAAGGGGAACUUGGCGAUGUCGCAAACCAUGGUCCUGGCGAUCAGUCCUACCUCAACAUGGCCGCCCGCCUCCCAUUUCACGACGAGAACAACGGCCCUUCGGGAGCCUGA